AUGUCCCAAGCUAGUUCAUCCUCUUGGAAAUCCUUUUUAAAAUCAAUUGCCACCUUCAACGGUGAUUUGUCCACUCUAACAGCUCCUCCUUUCAUCUUAUCUCCUGUUUCAUUAGUAGAAUUCUCUCAAUAUUGGGCUGAACAUCAAAAUUUAUUUUUAAAACCAAAUUUCAUCGAUUCUAACAACUUCAACUCCAUUAAAAAUGAAUUGACUGAUAAAGAUACCACCACAACUUUAGAAUAUGAUAUACCAACUCCGGAAAUCGCUAGAUUACUAGUAGUAGUUAAAUGGUUCAUGUCAACUUUACGUUCUCAAUAUUAUUCAAGAAAUGAAUCUGAAGGUACUGAAAAAAAACCUUUGAACCCGUUUUUAGGUGAAGUCUUUACAGGUAAAUGGUUAAAUAAAGACCAUCCAGAUUUCGGUGAAACUGUUCUACUGAGUGAACAAGUCUCUCAUCAUCCACCAAAGACUGCAUUUGCCAUUUUCAAUGAUAAAAAUAACGUUCAUUUACAAGGUUAUAAUGAAAUUAAGACUGUAUUUUCCAAGACUUUGACCUUAAGUGUUAAACAAUUCGGUCAUGCCAUCUUAACUUAUGGAAACCAUAAUGACGAAUCCUAUUACAUCACUUUACCUGCUUUGCAUAUCGAAGGGAUCCUACAAGCUUCUCCAUUUGUAGAAUUAGAUGGGAAAUCUUAUAUCCAAUCUUCAAAUGGUAAUUUGUGUGUCUUGGAAUAUUCAGGUAGAGGUUAUUUCUCUGGUAAGAAGAAUUCCGUCAAGGCAAAGAUUUACACAUCUACUGAAGAUUAUAAAUCAAAUAAAGAUCCAUUAUACCUCAUCUCUGGCCAAUGGUCAGGCAUUUGUACAAUCUCAAAAGUGGUUCCAAAGGCUUCUAAAAAGGAUUCUGCUUCAUUAAAUGCAUCUUCUAACUCUUCAUCUUCAUCUUCUUUAACUACUCCAAUAAUCGUUAAAGAUGUGUUAUUUUUAGAUUCAAGUACUGAUAAGAAAGAACCAUUGAUUGUUAAAGAUGUCGAAUUACAAAAUCCAUUGGAAUCAAGAAAGGCUUGGCUUGAUGUAGCAAAUGCCAUUAGGGCUGGUGAUUAUGAAAAAAUCGUCGCCUCUAAAUCCAAGAUUGAAAAUGCUCAGAGGCAAUUAAGAAAAGAAGAAGAAGCUCAAGGUAUUACUUGGAAGAGAAGAUGGUUUGUAGAUGUUGACUAUUCAAAAGAUAUUCCAAUUAAGACUAAAUCUAUUGAAUCAAUGAAUGAUGCUCAGUCAACUACUUCUUCCACUACAACUGCAAUUGAUAAUUUAAAUAUUAAUGAUGUACCAGCUUCAUCUCCAACUCCAAUUGGUAAAUCUGAUGAAAAUAAAGAUGAAAUCAUUUUUGCUACAGAAAACGAUAAAUUUAUACAAUUAUCUACAAUGUUAGGCUCUAGUAUGAAAAAUGCUCAAAGUGGUACCAUGGUUGGUGACAAAGAUGAUAAAAAACCAAAUAUCACUGCUUUGCAUUGGAGAUUCCAAAGAAAAUUGUGGAAUAAUGAAAAGGAAAUUACUGCAUAA